ACACCUCGUGCUCUAACUGGCGGGGCUGAUGUCUGACUCUAUUAGUUAGACACACUCAGUUCCCUGCUGUCCUUCUCAUUCCUCCGUAAAACACGAAUGCAAGACAGAGUCCAGGAGCUGUCCACUUCAGCACCGCCAGCGGGACUGUCCACACAAACCCAGACUGAGCCUCUUGAGGAUGAUGAAUAAGAUGAUGAUGAUGAUGAUGCUGAGUGCACGCGGACUGCAGUAACACACCAGCAGCAGACCCGCAUUCCUCCAUCCAUACAGCCACCUGAUCCUCUGGUGCAAUGGUCCAUGCUAUCUCCGUCUGUAGUAGCUGGUCUGGCAGAAGAGGGUAUCUGAAGCAUCUCAGCAUCUCCAUGAACUAAAAGUACACUUGCAGACAAGUCACAGAAAAUCACAAACUGACCAGAACGGAAAAUAUUAUCCCUGUCUCUCCCUGUUUGUCUCUUCUUCAGUCUUCAUCACAGUGUCUCUUUGUGUUGUACUGUUAUGACGCCAUGUCUCAAACUGGGAAAGUCCUUCAUUUGUAUGUGGAGGUGAGAUCCCCACCAGAGCAUGAUGGAAAAGGUAGUUCCUAUGAGACGACGGUGGAGCAAGACUGUCCCGUUGAAGCUUUGACCAAAUUAGCACAGGUGGCAUCUGGGAUUGCCGCACCUCCCAGCAGCACAAUCAAACCAAAUGUUAGCUUCAUACUGCAGCCUUCACACAAUUUUUUGGAUUCCCCUCAAAGAUGUAGCAUUCCCCAGCAGGAACCAUUCCAAGCAGUUUUCUCUAGCCUCAAUAACAACAUUGACAGUAAACUAUUCAAACGUGCCCACUCGUCAAACUCUGGACAGACAUCUGGCCCUGGGACACCUUGUCGAGCAUGCAGCCAUCACAAGAACUCUAAACCAGUGCAAGGACAGAGGUCUGUGGUCACUUUCAGCUACAUUGAGAAGGCCCAUGUUAAAACCGUAGAGAGUCCAUGUAAUAGUCCGGGUGGAAUAAAGGAGGUAGCGGCUUGUCCACGUAAGAGGUGUAGUGACCCAAUGUGGUCGCUACCUGUGGAAUCUACCUGCAAUAAUGAUCCUUUUCACCAGCACAUGGGUUCUACUUUAGAUCCCAUUGGUCAAGCUGCAACACACCAAGCCCUUAAGGAAUUUGGGUCUCCCGAACUGAGGUGUAAGUUUUCUCAUUGCUCAGACUGGAGUCUGGAGUUUCAUCAACGUAAUAGAGAACGAUGCCAGUCUUGGGCAGGCCCACCAUUGCCAAACUGCAGUGCCUACCGCCAUGAUCCUGAACCUGACCCAGGCAGGGUAGGAGGUGCAUGUGGUGUCCCCAAAAGCCCAGCAUCAGAUGCUUUCUCAUUCCACAACAACCAGCAGAAAUCCACCUCCAGGUCCCAAGAAUACCCCAUGCAGAAUCUCAGUUCAAAGCAAGACUGCUCUGCUCCACUCUGUCAAAAUAGGAGAAGCCGGGCUGAAGACAGACCUCUGUCAGGGCAAAGGACCAGCCUCACAAACACACCCACUCGUGGUUUAAACCAGCUGAGUGGAAGCAAUACCUCUUCAGCUCUGAACAGUCCUGAGAUACCCCGCAAAAUUUCAGAAGAGGCCACCAAGGUAUCAACAAUUUUCAAUGAGGUCCGAAGUUCUCCUCCUCCCGUUGUUUUCGGGGGCUGGUCUAAUCCAGGUAGCACAAACUAUGGAUAUCCUUCUAGAGAAAUCCAGUCCUUACAGCAUAGUCCAGUGCAACAUCCGGCUGUCAAGAUGAACAUACCUAUGCAUGAAGACCGUUCUACGACAAAUGGGUUUCCUCUGCACCUGCAUGAAGCACCAGCUCCUAAGAGCUCAGAUUUAAAAGAUGACCUGGACAGUCGCUCAUUCUGCUCUGUCCCAGAUUCUCCAGCCCUCCCGUCUCAUCUUCUUCGUCCAAGUCUGUCCAAAGCAGACAUGUGUUCUCCACUCCGAGAUCCUCGUCAACUUAGAGCUGACCUGCCAGUCUCUGACAGCCCCACUUUACACCGUCACAAGCCUCCACAGUACACUGGAGAGGAGUGGAUAUCUGGGGAACCCUGGUUCCUGGACGAGGAGGACUGGGAUGACCAUGUCGUUGCAGAGAGCGUGGAGAUCUCCAGGCGGUUGUUUAUCGGUCAGAAUGUGGAUGAUUCUCCGGUCAGUUGGACAUCUAGACAGCAGUGGAAAGAGCAGGCAAAGAAAGAUGAAGGGAAGUUCAGUUUGUCAGAAAAACUUGAAGGUAAUCUCAAAAGUAGCAGUCCAGUGUACAGAAAAAGUGUUCAGGUUGAGGUCAUAGAACGAGGAGAGGAGAAUGUGAGCAAUUUGGUAUGUGGAGUAGACCACAGCCCUGGGGAAAGUAUAGAGGAGAUGACCAGGAUAACACAACGACAGAGACAGGCAGAAUGGAGGAGAAGACAGGCUUUGCUUCUAGGGCCGGUAGUAUUUGAAGAGGGGGAGAGAGGAGAGGACGAACAGGGGUUUGGAGAUCACCAGGGUUUGGUUGGGUCAUCCCCAAGCUCUAGUGGAGUAACGGGAAGCCUAGGAGACAGAGAUUGCAUCUCACCUGAGUCCAGCCAGAACAGCAACCAAUCAGAUCACCCAUCAUCAGGAAUACAGUCUGAUGGUGGUUCUUUAGUGCCAGGUCCAUCUCUGCACUGUCAGAAAAUUGCACGUGCCAAGUGGGAGUUUCUCUUUGGCACUCCAGCAGAAAACACUGCCAGCAAACAAGAGGAGAAUGUUCCAGAAUCCACCACAGCUCCACCAAGUGGCCACUCCACCCCAAUACCACCCUCAUAUCUGCCAUUGGAGGGGCUUGCUCUCAGAGCUAAUCAUGAUGUCCAACACGUGGAGGUGGAGCUAGUGACUCCGCCCCCUGCCGCCCCAGGCACCUCCCCCAAAACGGGCAUAAUUCGGCGAACUUUGAAAUACUCUGAGACUGAUCUGGAUGCUGUUCCUUUACGAUGUUAUCGGGAGACGGACAUAGACGAGGUGAUGUUAGCAGAGCAAGAGGAUGCUGAUUCAGCGUUUGGAAGCAACCGAAGUGUCAUGGGAACUUCCUGUGCUGGGAGCAGUCCUCUAGGAGAGAUACCAAAUGAAAGAACAGAUGGACAGGAGGAUGGGGAGGAAGAGGAGGAGGAGGAGGAGGAGGAUGUUGCGAGCUGGGUCACUGUCAGGAUGCAGGGCGAUGUGAGGAGGCUUAUGGCUGAUCAGCGAGACGAGGAAGUGGAGUUUUACAGCAUGAUGUUAAAGAGUCCUCAAGAUCAUGUCAGUAACAGCCACCCAGCUCUAAAAUCUCCCAUCCUGGUCCGUGGUCCUCGCAGAAGGUCCGGAGACAGUUUGGACACGUUCAGCCGGCAUUUUGAGAACAUCAUGGAGUCACACCGUGCCAAGGGCACCUCCUACAGCAGUCUGGACAGUCUCAACCCUCUGACUUCUAGCACUCAAACUGUCCUGACCUUUGACCUCCCCACACUGACUCCACAGGUGCAGGGUCAGAUCUACCAGAGCGCCCGGCAAAUUGUGGAGCUCAGCUUUGCGCCAUUGGCACAUGUAGAGAUUCCCAGCCUGUCAGAGUCAGUGCUGACGAUAACAGGGGAUACAGAUGCCACACGGGCGCCAUCCAGUGAACGUCUCAGCAGUGGGUCUGAUGACCGCAGUGGACAAAGCUGGCAGAGCAACCCACCACUUUCACUGCCCAGAGAGAAGUCUCCUCGCUUUGCUGCGGACCCAGAUUUGGAUCAGGAGCUGAGUGAGCGUUUGGGUUUGGGCAGUAAUGACACUCUCAGUAACGGUAACCGAGCUGAUCUGGACUCUGCCAAACGUCUGGCCAAGCGGCUCUUCAACCUUGACGGCUUCAGGAAGUGCGAUGUUGCACGUCAUUUGAGUAAAAACAAUGACUUCAGUCGCCUGGUGGCAGAGGAAUAUCUGCGCUAUUUCGAUUUUACUGAAAUGACUUUGGACCAAGCACUAAGGGCAUUUUUGCUAGAGUUUGCUCUGACGGGUGAGACGCAGGAGAGAGAGCGGAUCUUAGCACACUUUUCCCGUCGAUAUGCACAGUGCAAUUCAUCUCUCUCGCUAUCUGAAGACGGUGUCCACACGCUGACCUGUGCUCUAAUGCUGCUCAACACAGACCUGCAUGGCCACAAUGUUGGCAAGCGAAUGUCCUGCACUCAGUUCAUCGGGAAUCUGGAAGGACUGAACAGCGGACAUGACUUUCCUAAAGAACUCCUGAAGGCCCUGUACAACUCUAUUAAAAAUGAAAAGCUGCAGUGGACAAUCGAUGAAGAGGAGUUGCGUAAGUCGUUCUCGGAGCUGGGCGAGCAGCGAGGAGAGUCCAACUCCAGAGGAGUGAAGCAGACGGCCAGCGACUUCAUUCCUCCAUCCGGAGCGCUGCUUUACAAAACCGGUUUCCUGGUGAGGAAGGUCCACGCAGACUGUGACGGGAAGAGAACACCUCGUGGAAAAAGAGGAUGGAAAGCAUUUUAUGCUGUUCUUAAGGGACUCAUCCUUUACCUGCAGAAAGGCGAGUAUCGGCCAGAUAAACAGUUAUCAGAUGAGGAUUUGAAGAAUGCGGUGUCCAUUCAUCAUUCGCUGGCCAUCAGAGCCACAGACUACAGCAAACGUCCGAACGUGUUUUACCUCCGGACCGCUGACUGGAGAGUCUACCUCUUUCAGGCCCCGAAUGCUGAACAAAUGCAGUCUUGGAUCACACGCAUCAACACGGUGGCGGCCAUGUUUUCAGCCCCACCCCUCCCUGCUGCCAUUGGCUCACAGAAGAAAUUCAGUCGACCGCUGCUGCCAGGCUCCGCCUCCAAGCUGUCGCAGGAGGAGCAGGUACAGGCUCAUGAAGCUCGGUUUCGCUCCAUCUCCACUGAGCUUGCACAACUGCACUCUUAUCCGCCUGACAGAAAGGUGAAAGGUCGUGAACUUGAGGAGUACCGGCUGAGAGAGGAGUAUCUGGAGUUUGAGAAAACGCGCUAUGAGACGUACAGCAUGCUCCUGCGGGCGAAGCAGCGCUGCGAAGACGAUAACCUGUCAGUGUUUGAAGCCAUGCUCCUGGAGGAAGGUGCGCUACAGAGAGCUCAGUCCAGCCCCACGCUUCAGGACAGCAGUUUGACCUGCAGCACCAGAGACGGAGCGAGCCAAAGCACCGCCGCUGGCGCACAAGAACCGUCCGGCAACGGAAACAACAGCUGCUCUCGCGGUCAGGGCCAGAGACACAGCUACAGGCAGGCCGUCCGCAAGUGAAGCCACCGCCGCCACCCACAGGAAGCUCGCUGUUCUGGAGAGGAAGUGAGGUCUCUCUCUUUCCUGUGUGUGCCCCCCUGCUCUGUGUGCCAUCAGGAAGGGGUGUUGAUUCUGACUGAAUCUGACUCUGUGAUUGGCUGAUGGCUGGGUGAUGUCACAACACAAGGUGCUAUGGGAUCUGGACGGGAGAACGCGACUGGGAUUCGGAGGAACGUAAAUAUGAAACGCAUAACCUUCAUUUGCCUUCUAGUUAUCGGGUUUCUUCUGCGACUUCUCGCCCGAAGCCAUUUCAUCGCACACUACCAAGUCAAAUCUGGGCCUAAACGUCUUCGAACUUUUAAGAUAUGAUUGUGUCGGAAAUUCUUUCGUUUUUGCAUUUCUCGAAACAACUCAUUUGUUCACGAUGCAUAUUAAAAUU